AAACGAACCGUAAUAUGGGAUGUGCCAAGUGAUGGAGACUAUAAGUCUGGUGAUUUCCACGAUUGUAAUUUUUUGCACUUCAUGCUCAAACCGUGCGCUUGGGAGAAUGUGGAUCUACUGGAGGCCAUAUGCAACGCUGUACCAUCAGUAGUGAGUAUGCUGAAUCCAACUGGUUCACGUAGUGAAACACCGCUGAUGACUGCAAGGCGAUUACGUCAAAAGCGUAUGGUGUGUACAAUGCAGCGAUUGUGUAGGGCAUCCAAUGUUCCAGUGGAAAUUGUAAGUUGCAAAAAGCUAUCGAACAGUAAAUACGGAUAA